AUGGUUUCCGCUAAGGGUCACUCUAUGGGCGAUUUAAAUCUACAGGUUGACUGGAAAAACCUACAAAGUGGUCUUGAACAAACCACGGUCACUCCAACCGCACCGCAUGGCAGCCAACAACCCGUUGGACUUGGUAUUGUCCACUUCGCGCAGCAUGCCAAAACCGUGUCACUUCUUCCUCCUCUUGCAAAUUCCGACCAUGCCUCCGUUCGCUUCGAGUUACUGGAGGGGUUCAGUGAUGCUGCACUCCUCCCUACUCCUGAUUUUCUAAAAGUGAACUAUGACCGCCUAAAUGAGUAUCUUUCGAAUGUUGAUUGGCUUGGUCUAUUCAACAACUACGUUUCCAUGGACGACAUUUACUGGAGAUUCUGCAAAACCAUCUACAAGGCGUUGGCCUUAUUCGUUCCACUGAAAGUUUCCUCAGCGUCGCAACAUCAAGUACCAGUUGCCACAUACAGGAAUAUUGCUGCCUUGUCAGAAAGAACGCUUAUAUUUCGGAUCCUAUAUUUCCUUGAAUUGCCUUCUAUACAGGAAAAAGUUACGUAUCCAAAUCUUGACAACCCAUCUCUCGGUAACCAAGCUUCCUUAAAGCGUUUGCAUCAGUACGUUCGCUGCAAGUUCAAAUCCAAGACACCCCUUCCCACACUGAAGGACCUAUGUGGUUCCACACUUUUCAGCGAACCUUCGAAAGGCUCAAGCACUUGGUGUUACCUACAGGAGAGGAGUAUGACAGUUCGGGUAGGGACCAGUUUUUCGAGCAGGUAUCCCUGCACCAGUGGGGUUCCUCAAGGUGGAGUGUUAUCCCCUUUACUAUUUCUGAUAUAUACCGUGGAGUUGCCUCAACUUCUGAAAACAUGUCCCGACAUCCGAGUACAGAUUUACGCGGAUGACAUCAAGGUAUAUUGCGCAUAUGAAACUGAAGGUAGGGAUGUCAUGUACCACGCGCUUAAGCUGUCAGUUGAACGAAUGUGUGAGUGGUCAACAUCCUGGGGUAUAUCCUACUGA